UUUACCGUCUCUAACUUUCUCUCCCGCAUUAUACUGAAAGUAUACCCAACUCUUGUCCUAUGAUUCUUCCGUCCAACCUACGGCCACAAACAUUCAAUUUUCUCCCUCGUGCGCCCAGAGCUCAAGGAUAAGGUUUGUUGCUCAAAUCAAAUCCAUCGAAUCAGCUACAAGUAUUCCAAGGGCCAUUCAACUUCUGCCACAAUUGUAUGGAUCAUCAAUAAACAAUCACAGCAUUAUCAUCGCUCACAAUUAGAGCACGAGCUUCAACAGAUGUUGAGGCACAAUGGAGGAUGGAUUUCAAGAUGACCAGAAUUUUUAUUCUAGGUCUUUUGCCCAGUCAGAAGCUCAGUCCCCAGCCCAAUCUCAAUCUCAAUCCCAGUACUCGUCGGAUUUGACUUCACAACACCGGCAAAUACCUUCUUCUACCACUUGCGAAUCUCCUCACUUUUCCCACAGAUUUGACUUCGAUCCGGCCCCCCCUCACCCACCUAAGCUCCCUCUUCUUACGACCUCGAAUCUACAAUUACAAACUACCAACACGAAUGGUUACAUGAAUACUUCUGAUGAUGGUGGUGAACCAGAUGACUUCUACCGAGAUUAUCAACCUCUUCCACAGACAAACAGCCCGCCAGAUCAAUUAUUAGAUAUGACUGCUACAACAUCAGAUGUUAGACCGGCUUCCUCCACAAUGCGAUCAAGUAAUAUCAGCAGUCCACCAAUACAAACUCCUUCUACCUCAAGAACUACAACGCGACCACCCUCCGGCUCAAAUCUAUCGCAUGUUGAAAGCAAUCAAAAGCAAUCAACCAAACCAAUAGUCAAUGGAUAUGGCAAAGCAUCACAAAAACCAAGUGUAAAGGAUCUCUUGAAGCGCUUUGAUCAAAACAAUGAUCAGUCCCUUCCUAUGCCGCGGAAACCAGUGGGACGAACAAAAGAUAGUGCUGGGAUCAGUUCCGGAUACAUGAGAGAUCGAUCGAAUCCACACACUGCCCGCGUGGCUAGUAACCCAGGACCUAUAACUACGAGUUCGUCAUUGAGGGCAAGUAAUACUACGAGGGAGCCGAGAUCAACGAGAGUUAAAUCGCCUUCAUCCAGUACAAGAGCAAUGCAACGGCCAAGAUUUGCGACGGAGGACCAACAUUCAAGUAAUGCUUCUUUGGGUUCCGCCCGCAGCAUGCGUACGAGGAACACACCAAGUACCAAAGCCAGUUCAACUUCGAAGUCAAUGAAUAAUCUUUCGCCAUCAUCUCAACCUCAACCACCACCUGCGGUGCCGGAGAAGCGUCCUCUGUUUGGAGAGAUUUCAACUUUAGGUCAAGGCACAUUCGAAGCGGGUUACGGUAUACCGACGGCUACAAGAAGGACAUCUGAAUCAGGGCUACCUUCGGCCAUCUUUACUGAGCAACGUAGUCAUACGGAUGCUGAUAUAUCUCCAACUUCGCCAACAGCCUGGUAUUUGGGAGUAACGCCGUCGCUCGGCGACGUAGAACCAAACAAGCCGCGAAGAUCAGGUCACAAUCGUGCCCAUAGUGACUUUGCAGAUACCAAGGUAAAUACUAUGCACAAUGUCAACCGCUCUUCUUUUCUAUUACCAGAAUCCCCAGUCAAUGCCAAGGAUUCAGGUCCAAGCAUUGCGCCGGAUUCUUCUCAUGUAGAAGCUGAGGGUGGACCCGAACUUCAGCCAACAAAGCUGUCAUCUCGACUCCCUAUUGCGCUCAAACGCUCGAGUACUCAGUCAGAUAGAUCAAGUUCUCCAUCAACGCGUGCUAGUUCUCCUCUGACCGGCAAACGCCCGCUCCAUGGAAAGCUUCCUCGAGAACAUCGACCAUGGAGUCCUGCGGGACGCUCGAUGACAUCAGCAACUCGUUCUGUGCCUCCUAACAGCCGUGCCAAGACACGUAGCCCAGACAAAGUCUCGAGCAGUGGUAGCUUGAAAGCUUAUAUUUCCGCACCGCCCGCAAAAAACUCCCCGCCUCUACGAAGUUCACGUCCUCGGCAACCUGUUUCUGCAGCAACAACCGCUAGUUCAAGACAAAAGGCAGUGGAUGGAUCGGCAUCGCCACAUGACACAAGAGCUGGGACUAAAGUGACUAAAGCUGGCGGAACUUCUGAGACGAAAGGACGUAAGACAAUAACGACAGAACCAGUUAACUAUGCAGCACGGCGGGCACAAAUUACACGCGCAUAUACUAAGUCAAUCCAUGAAUCUGAACAGCAGAAGAUUCGAGCAUCUCACACGCACCAUGCCAACGAACAUAGUCCUCAAGCCACAAACGGUGACGAAAGCUCCAGUACCGAACAUGCGAAUGCUUCUACGAAUGGAGACCAGAUAUCAGAUAUGCCAUCACUAGGGCCCGAAUCAUUACAGAUCCUGACAAGCUUCGACCCACAAAUUUCCCCGCCACCCGUUGAGCAUCAGAUUGCCAUGGAUCAAGAUUCGCCAACUUUGGGUGUCACUAACGGCAUGCCUGGAGCAUUUAUUGAAGAGGAUGUACCAAUGUCCGCAAUUUCAAAUAUUUCUGCCACGACUUUUAUUGAGAAUGAAGCGCAGACAGAAGGUGCUCGCCUUGCUCGUAUCCCGUCUAUAAAGCUUGCGGAUCCAGUUGCAGUGCCUGCUCAAGUACUUAAAGUAGAUGAUGUGACUCCUGAGGAUCGAGCAAAGAUUGCAGCAGACUCUUUAGGAAUUUCUAUCGAGGCCACUUCAAUAGGAUAUACUCCGAAGGAGGAUUUUAGUGAAGCAUUACCAGAGUCCAUUGAUCAUGAUUUGACAUCAGAAGCCUCUGAAAGUCCAUCAAAUGUCAUCACCUAUGAUGAGCAAGCCAAAGUCACUGUUACAGAGCUUCCAAGCGCGAAGACAUUGGUAUCAGAAAUUUUCAAUUCGGACUCCAUGCAUCACAUGGACUUCGAAGUAGCUGCUCCUGCGAGUAUCGAACAUGGUAUUGCUCAGCCUACCGGUUUGGGUUUAUACGAUGAGAAUUCUCAGCAGCUGGUAGAUAUUCCCAUCAGGAUCGAAGAAGACACGGAGAGAUCCCAGUUACACUUAGAAUCAGAUACAAUUUCCGGGGAAGGCUCCAGGCUAGAAUUACCGGCUUUGCGUACCGCCCUCGCCGAGUCCCUAUCGCCAUUAGAGAACAAUAGACAACCGGAUUUGUACACUCCCACAGAUAUCGAGUAUGAAAGUUCUGAUGACGUUGGCGCGGGAAACACCGGAAAUACGAGUGAACAAGAAGACUUGUACGGACCAUCUUAUGACCAGAAUCGAGAAUUAUAUCUUACAUCUGACGCCUACCAUCGUGAAAACCGACAUUCUGGCUGGACCGAUUUCUCAGUUGCCACAACAGAUGAUCCAGCCCCCCAAGACGAGAAUCAGAGGUGGAUAAACACGAAUAUCUCGCUUCCUGAACUGCAGAAAGCUCCCACACCACCUCCCAAAUUGCCUCCUUCUCCUGGGCCACUGAGGCCGAUAGAGGACACAAGUUCCAUGAAUUCUUCUAGGCUCGAGCUACCUCCAUUGACAUCCCACAACGGAUUCGGCCUUGGAUUCGACCCGGACACCAUCUAUAGCGUUCCAACUGUCCCGGCAUGGUCUAACCUCACUCCUCCACUAGUUUCAGAGCACAACUCUUGGAAAGAUGCAAUUGCUAAAUUAGGUCCUCCUACUCGUACACCCCCUCCUCCUGCCAUGCAAGAUAGUCGUCCACAAUCGGGCACCGAUCAAAUCAGCCAAAACACUACUAGCCAACAUACUGAAUCCAGACGCCCAAGCGACGACUUGGUUUCGCCGCGGCCUUCACUUUCUACACCUUCCAUUUCCACUCCUAGAUCAAGCAUGCAAAUAUCUCGGGAAGAUGUAUCUUUAAGCAAUGGCUACCCCGCCCCUAAAGCUCCCCUGUUACCUCUCACAGAGGAAGAGCAAGCAAUUGCCAAGAAAAAAAGCGCACGCCUAUUCACUCGGAGAAAGAUUAUCGAGGAAAUAAUUGAUACAGAGUCCGCUUAUCUGAAAGACAUGAAUGUAGUUGAGGAAAUCUACAAAGGUACAGCAGAAGCAUGCCCAAAAUUGGAUUUUGGUGAUAUCAAAACCAUCUUCAGAAAUACGGAUGAGAUUAUAGCUUUUUCAACAUCUCUGCUGGAUGACCUUAAGAAAGCUGGGGCAGCUGUGUACACUUCCAAAGCUCGCGCCAGACAAAGUAGAGCUACAUCCACAACUACUACUGCAGCCAAUACCCCUGCAUCGCUGGGUCCAAACGACAGUAGCUCAGAUCCUCCAGAAUCCAACGAUUUCAAUGACGAAAGGGACCGAAAGACCUAUAUUGGUUAUACCUUUGGCAAACAUCUCAGGAGGAUGCAGGAGGUCUACACAGGAUUUUUGAAAAACAGCGAACUGGCAGCAGAUCGCUUGAGGAUCUUGUCAGCAGACCCUGCGGUUACUGUGUGGCUUAUCGAAUGCAACAAUGUCGCAAAGGAUUUAACGGCUGCUUGGGAUCUCGACGCUCUGAUGGUUAAACCAGUCCAGCGGGUCACUCGAUACCAACUAUUGAUCGACAACCUCGUGAGACAUACAGCUGAAGAUCACCCAGAUUUCAACGCUCUUUCGAUUGCAGCUCGAGAAACAUUGAAUUUAUUGCAGACUAUUGACAAGCUCAAGGAGCGUAUUUCAGUCGUUGGGAAGAUUGUUGGUCGAAAACGCAAGGAAUCAGAAGUCCGCCUUGGAAUCGCCAAGGCAUUUGGACGACGAUCAGAGAAGCUGACUUCUAACGUGGUUCGGCCCCAUGACGAUGAAGUUUUUGUCAAGUUGCAUGAAAAGUUUGGUCAUGAUUACCUACGACUGCAAGUAGUCAUGCGUGAUGUUGAAUACUAUACUCGACAGGUCGCUACUUGGGUCAACGAUUUUCUUAGAUUUCUUUCUGCCAUGGAAAUAAUCAUGCGACAUAGCCCUUCUUCACACCCAGAAAUGGAAGCUCGAUGGACUCAGUUUAACCUUUCCAUGAGAGAUAUGGGGAGUGUUGCUUUGGAAAGCCAUGUGGGACAGAUCCGAAAGGAAGUCAUUGAGCCAAUCGAAGCUGUGAUUCGGUUGUAUUCUGGGCCUACUGAAUUCAUGAAGAAACGUGCGAAAAGGCGCGUAGAUUAUGAAAAGCUGAUGGCUGUCAAAGCCAACGGCAAGAAGCCUGACGAAAAGCUUCAAUUGCUAGCCAAAGAGUACGAUGCUCUGAAUGAAACGUUGAAGACGGAUAUGCCCCGGCUCUCAGUAUUGACGGCGCAGGUAGGACAAACAAUACUUGCCAAACUUAUCUUCAGUCAAACAGCUUGGUACUACAUCUGGCAAGAGAAGGUCAAGACUGUGUUGGAUGCUAACCAAAUACCAAUGAAUGAGAAUGACAUUUUACAAUCAUUCGAGCGGGAUUACAAGUAUGUGCUCGCACAAACCCAAGAGCUUCGCCUCAUCAAUGGCACACUCGAGGUCGAUUGCUUUUUGGACAGAUUAGAUUCGACCCCCGUUACCAGCAUCAAAGAUAACGAAUCGAUAAAAACAAAAGGUCGACUAUCUGAUUCGUCCGCUCGUCCACGACUUCUGUCCUUGGCAGCUCCACAUGAUACAUCUCCAUGUCUACCGACUCCAGAUUUUGCAAAGCGACAUAGUGGACAAUUUUCAUUCUCGCCAAUCAUGGCAAAUGGUCCUGGCUUCCCAGCGCAUGCACCAUAUCAACCAGCAGCUUACUCUGUAGGACAUUCUCGUGCUGGCUCGGGCUCUCCUGCGACACCAGAUGCAAAUGCCCCUCGUCUUUAUGGUUCUACCAGACCAUCAACAUCACGUAGCAUUACUUCGGAUAAUGGUGGCGUAGCAAGAAUUAGCACAGACCUGGGACACCGUAGGGAAUCAAGUUCCACUCAAGCAUCUGCGUCAUACAUGGUAGAUGGUCCUCUUCGCGAUCAACGCCCGUUCUCAGGCAUUUUCCAUUCGGCAAUGCCUUUACCUGAUGGCCCCGAAGAUAGCGUUCGAUCCUCGAGAGCCUCCUCAAUGGAUCGUGCCCAUGGAAGUCGGUACAACGUCAUCUACCUGGCAGCAAGCUUAUUUGAAUUUAAUAUUGCAGCAACUAAGACUGAAGCUGGUUACCCUUAUCUAACCUACUCGCCCGGUGAAAUUUUUGAUGUCAUCGGUGAGAAGGGCGAGCUCUGGUUGGCUAAAAAUCAAGAUGAUGGCUCUGAUCAAGUCGGCUGGAUCUGGAGUAAGCACUUUGCUCGUCUCGCCAUGGAUUGAUGAGCCAACAUCUACCCCUUCCAACGUGUACUAUUCCUUUUUUUUUCGGUUCUUCUAGCAACAACACAUUCUUGAUUUGGCGUUGAAGCACUCUUAUCUGUACUUGUUUUCCGAAAUGAUUUUCCACAGAAAAGCAACAAUUUACGAGGGCUAUCGGCGUAAAGAGGGUGGUGUCAUAAAUUCAAGCUUGAUGAUAGGACAUGAUUCUAUUGGAUCAUUUUAUUUGUUUUGCCCGACUACAGCUAGUUCCUGGCAUACACAAUUCGGGUCUGGAUGGAAAGGAGGGGCGUUCUUGAUUUAGGGAUAGGCGUUCAGAUAAGCCUGAGUUAUUCAUUCAUUCAUUUGACUUUUUCCUUUAUUUUCCUUUUCUCUUUUGAUCUCUAAUUUCGAUGAGAUUGUUUUUAGAGUGUCUAUUAUGGAGCGAUUCUUUAUGAAGGAUGGAAUGGAACCACAUAUGCAGCGUAUUUUCUUUUUUCUUUCCUUUUUCGAAAAUUUCCAAAUGUUUGGGCCGCAGGUUUUGGUUGUUAAUAUAGCUGAAAGGGAUUUUCGCAGAACUCAUGAUUGUAUGCAUGAGGUGAUGAUGUCUCUGGUUUGUUGGAGUUAGUCUUAAUUUUAGUUUAGUUGUUAAAUAUACCAGGUGAGCAAGAGCGUGUGAGAAAGAGGAAAGAGGAAAGAGGACAACAGAACAUAGGCUGGAUGAUAAGGGGAAGGAAAACGUAUGGGGAGAUGAGAGGAGAAAAUGGAGGAUAUGGACUUGAAUUCUUAUGCUCAGAUAGGAAACUUUUUUUUGUCAUUUGUUUGGUUUGGGGUUUGGGACAGAGAGACGAGAAAGGGGAUGAAUCGCUUUUUUCUUUUUCGAAGAAAAGGCAAAGCGUUAAGGAAGAUGAAAGGCGCGGGAUGAAUGGAAAGAUGAAUGGAUGGAUACCCGAGGGUCAUUAUGUAUGUGUGAAGGAGUUAUUGAAUUGUCAGUGUAGGAAAUUUUCAUUUUUUUUUCUUCCUUUCUUCUCAUCUAAGAAAGCGGAGAUGCGGAUGUGCACUCGAUGCAUUGAGUUGCGUAAGAGAGGAGAGUAGUAAGGGUAGGAAAUGAAUGGGCAGAGGGAAAUGAAAUCAUACUGGCCAAAAUUCUAGGAAUGGGCUGUGAGGAAUGAUAUCAGAAGUGGUGUGGAAUGAAAAUAUGAGAAUUCUUU